AUGUCCGAGGGACCUAAGCGCUACCGAAUCAGUCUGCGCAACUCAAACAUUCGUGUCCAUGACGCGGCAGCCACCACAGCGGCUCGAGUGCGCACUCGAUCUUACUUUAAGUCAAAUGGCAUUCAUGAAAAAAAUCUGAAGAUUAACCCAAGUUUGACGGCAAACAGUCCCUCUACCCCAAACAUUCGAGCGCGCCUACGAAGUUUCAAUGGAUCUUACAGCCCCCUUACCCAUCUAAAGAGUGUUGCAGCUGUGUCGUCUCCAAAGGAGAAUGUGCCAACAAAUGGCUCUUCAGACGAAGAGAACCAUUAUGUGUUCGAUAAGUCUUUCUUAGAAAAAGAUAAGGCUCUGCAGGUGGAGCUUACACCUAUAUUUUCCCCAAGACGAUUCCGCUCACCAAAUAAAGAUCAGGCGGCGAAAUUGAAGAGAGUUAAUGCCCGGCGAAUCGAGUUUGAUGUCGAGGAGGUCGUUGAAAACUCGGACUUGAGCACUUCCUAUGUACACGAGGAAUCCUUCUUGAGCCAAUCGAUCGUCGGCGAUCCCAAGGAAAAGCUUCUGGAACUCUGUGGUCAAACCGAGACGCGGUCAUUCUCCUCCUUUUUUGAUGCUGAAACAUUAGAGAACAUUGUCAAGAUAGGUGAAGGUGUGUAUGGUGAAGUCUUUCAGACGCACAAGGGCACAGUUAUAAAAAUUUUCCCCGUUGAUGGUGAUCUUCCAGUAAAUGGAGAAAAACAAAUGGAAUCCAGUCGCGUCUAUCCCGAGGUCUUCAUUUCGAGGCAACUGACAGAACUCGGCUUCAAGUACCGCCAAAAUCGCACCGUCAACUUCAUUCAACUGCGAAAGGCUUCUCUUGUAUGCGGAAAGUGGCCCUCGGAGUUCACCGCUGCCUGGAAGAAGUACGAAGCUGAACACGGCUCUGAUAACGAAUGUCUGGACUUCCUACCGCGCUGUCAGGAGUGGGUGAUUCUGGAGUUCGACUAUGCUGGAAAACCUCUUGGCACAGUCAAGACCGCUGGCAUCAUUCGUGCUCCUCGAGUUACAGCUUUCUAG